AUCUCCUUCCAUUUUCAAGGUAGCACCAUUAAGUUUCCCUUGGCGUGACGGAAGUUGGUGUGAGAAGACCUGGCUGCGCCACUCAUGAUCACAGCCUUUGGUUUUUGGGAAGCGGUCAACCUUUUUCGGCGACCCAGAUCUUUCAAUGCACCCUUUUUUCCUUACAUUAGCCCGCAUCUUUCGGACCAUUUAUUCACAAUUGCCUACAUUAUCGCCCCUGUCACAUCCCUAGUCAUACAUCGUGCAUUUAUAGCUCCGGCCCCUUGGCUCCGUCCGUUUCCCCUCUUGGCCGUGACUAUUAAAUCUUUUUCUUCCCCGGAUCAUUCCCACCUCCUCUGUAUCUAAUCCAACACCCUAAUAAUCCGAAACACCACACCAACCAACCACAAUAUAACAUAUCAUGAAGCUCGAUCUCACCAUUCUUGUCUCGGCCCUUUGUGUCAAUCCGGCACUUGCCCUCGUCGCACCAACAUCCGACCUUGCGCGACGUGAGCCAGCCGAACCCAUUCAGAUCAUCGACCGCGACGUCGAUGCUACUUCGCAGGAACUUUGGAAGCGCAGAGGCGGAGGAGGUGGUGGCGGUCGCGGUGGUGGUGGUAGUUCCGGCGGCGGCAGCAGCAGUGGAGGCUCGUCUGGAGGUUCAUCUGGAGGUUCAGGGAGGGGCGGCAGUGGUAGUAGCGGCAGUGGAAGCAGUGGAAGCAGCGGAAGCAGUGGAAGCAGCGGAAGCAGUGGUUCUUAUUCGGGAAGCUCUUCCUCAAGAGGCUCUUCAUCUGGCCGUUCCUCGUCGAGUGGCUCUUCCCGGGGAGACUCUUGGUACUAUGGGGGAAGCUCCUCUCGUGGGAAAUCCAACAACAAACCGAAGCAGAGAUCCUCAGGCGGCAGGACAUCACCAACUUACAAUGGUGGUGGAGCAACCAGAGGUGGAAGCGGGCCCAAGCCAGCCUACGGUGGUGGCCGCUAUUACGGAGGUGGCGCGGCGCAACCCUACAAGUCCGGUAACAGGUCGCCAUCCGGCAUCGCCCCCUUCGCUCUCGGUGCUGGUAUAGGACUUCUCGCCGUCUGGCCCGCCGUCUGGCUCUAUGGUGCUUACCUGUACCCCUACCACAACUUGUACACCUACCACAACCAGACCUCCGACCAGGACGAGACGCGCAACGUCACCUGCGCCUGCGACCCGUAUAACGUCUGCGGUUGCGACGAGAAUACCAACACCACCUAUAUCGACAGCCUUAUCGGAAACGGAAGCUACUCUUCGCUGAACCAGUCUUUGAUUACCGUCGCCACUGUUAACGGAACCGACUACCUCCUGAUCAACGGCACCUUGCCCAAUGGUACGACUGCGUCCGGCGGUACAGAUGAUGAUGAGAGCAGCACUGGUGGUCAGAGCAGCGCUGCUGGUCUCCGGAGGUUGCUAGAGCACGCCGGAUGGUGGCCCGUCGUGGCCACUGUUGCGGCAACUGUAUUCCUGGCCUAAAGCAUUUUCCCCAAGAAACUUAUGAGUCUGAUGACGAGUUCUGAGCAAUAUGAGAUAUCCCUUUACACUCGGGGUAUCGGCAGUUUUUCGAUUCUUUUACAACACAGUUUUUGAUACCAUUUACGAAAUAUGCGCUGGUAAGGAUGAGGUAGUGGCUAUAAUGCCAAUUAAGGAAAAAAAAUCACACGGAGAUGAGGUUGGUGAUGGACCCGAUACCCCCAGGUUUUAAUGAUUUGUUGACAAGAUCUUGUUUUGGUCUUGCAUACCACCGUACAUAGAUGCUUUUAGGAUUUCACGAUCUGGUUUACGAAUAUCAAAAUUGGUUUAAUGACUAUUAACUAAGCUAGCCCCCAAAAAAAAAAAAAAACGCAGGAGAGAAGUUCAUCCGAAAAGCCCGUAAGCAGACAUAAGUUUGGGUGGCGGUGUGGCGGCAACUUUU